CAUUGUCUCCCACGACUUGCAUCAUAAAAACAGGCCAUCUGCGACUUUUGACAAUGGACCCCACAUGGAACUACCUACGGUAGGCUGUUCACUUCUCCGACUUCAAUACACCAUUUUGUUCCUAAGCUUCUUUAUCCUCUAUGCCCUCUCAUAGUCACAGGUGCCAAUCUCAAUAAAUCAGCAGUUCGCCUCGCUCGAGGAAUGGAAAUAUCCGGCUUUUAGACUAGAGAGCCUUCUACAUUCUUAAACCGGACGGUUCUGAUAACAGAGGAUCAUAGUUGCGCAACACCAAGAUAGUGUAUCGCCCAUUGCUUACCCUACCGAGCCUACCAGGUCUCAAACCACGCUCAGCCCAGCCCACACGGUUUCUUUCCACGAUUUCCUGCCAUUAUGCCGUGGCCAUUUUCUUCAUGGAGCUCGGCAAAGAGGCAACCUGCCGUGGAUUCCCUAGAGGGUACACCACCCCCUGCGCCGGAGACCCGUGGACUAGGGGAUAGCAUCAACGUUGCCACUCGGGUUGCCCAUUCGAGACUGAACAGGAAGAUUCUGCAGUUUCUUCCCUUCGCAUUGCCUCCCCACGCCGGCAACCCUUCGGUCUAUGUCUCUGGAAUGAUCCACAUCUUGCAAUUAUACCUAGAAUUCGAGUCACUGUGGAAUGAUAUUCUUGAAGGGCAUCAGCACAUCAACGAUAAGGGGUCAUGCUACCCCAAAGCCAAGAAGUCCGACGAGUCUCACACACGAACGACAUCCAGCACUGGCGGUGGGCGAGUCCAUGAUGUCCUCAGCAAACUGCGCCUUCCACUCCUCAUGCGCUCCGAAAGCCUCUGUCUUGACAUCCUCUCCAUAACCGGGUGGUCAGUCGACACUCUCGAUAAGGUAUCCGGAGCCGUGUCCCAGACCGGCGUCCUUGCCGAGUUUAUCCCGCACCUGCAGGAAUCCAUCACAAACCACCCGCACGUCUUGGUCGCGUACGCGUGGAUAUUCUACAUGGCUCUCUUUUCGGGCGGCCGCUUCAUCCGAGCUGCUCUGGAAGCGGCAGGGCCGGGCUUCUGGGGCGCGCCGUCCGACCCGGUGCAGCCCUGUAGCCGGGUAUGCGUCGAGCCCGUCCCCGUCCAGAAACUCCUCGACCAAUGCGGUAAAUAUGCCAAGUUGGAAUCCGAGCCGGCAACAGCAGGCAGAGAUGCCGCUUCUGAGAAGCGGGCCACUGCACCCCUUGAGUUCUUCCGCUUUGCGACGCCCGAAGAUGGGGAAGAUCUCAAGACUGAAUUCAAGGCGCGUGUGAGAGAGUGCGAGCGUGUCCUCACGCCGACAGAGAAGGACCAGAUUAUCCAGGAGGCAGUGCGCAUCUUUGGGUCCAUGAACGACCUUGUUGAUGAUCUUGAUGGCAUCUUGAGGUUCUGAGCAUUCCCAGCAUUAGCAUAGAUAGCAUUAACAUGGAACUUUUUAUAAGAAUGAAGAAGGCCGCAGGCAAUGCUCAGUUCCAGAUAUUCGGCUCAGCCUGUUUGAGGUACCAGUUCCGAGCUAACAACCUUGC